GAAAUAAACCAGAAAACCCCAGCGAGAAAUGGACGUCGCAGAGGUCAGGAGCUCAAAUCCACAGCCUGCUGUUCACGGCGGUGGCGGAUACACUCUCCCCGCAGUCCGAUUCUCAAACGAGGACAUACUAUUUUGCAUUGAUGUCGGUCGCGAAACGUUGGCGGAGAUGAAGGUGAACGGGCCCAACGGUCGCCCCUACACCCGAUUGGAUUCCAUAAAGCAGGCAAUUAUGCUAUUCGUCCACUCCAAGCUCACCAUCAAUCCCGAUCACCGUUUCGCAUUCUCCGCCCUCGGCAAAUCCACCUAUUGGCUUCGGAAAGAGUUCAGUAGUGAAGUUGAUGCAGCACUUUCCGCUCUACGAGGUCUCUCAGUGGAUUCAUCCACAAGCCAUGCAGACCUCACUCAGCUUUUCAAAGUAGCAACACACGAAGCAAAAAAAUCUCGUGCACAAAAUCGGAUAUUCCGUGUGAUCUUGAUCUACUGUAGGUCAUCCACGCCGCCACAAUCCCAGUUGCCUUCGACUCUGAAGCUCUUCACCUUGGAUGUGAUGUACCUCCACGACAAACCCGGACCUGAUAACUGUCCUCAAGUGGUGUAUGAUACACUAGUCGACGCACUCGAACGAAUCAGCGAGUUCGAGGGCUACAUCUUCGAGAGUGGUCAAGGACUGACGCGUGCCCUUUUCCGUAACAUGUGUCAGCUGUUAUGCCAUCCUCAGCAGCGUUGUAUUCAGGAUGAGCUGGACCUUCCCAAGUCUCUGGUGAAGAAGUCUCCUGCAGCUGAUGCAUCGCAAGGGGAUGAAAACGCAGUUGUCUCCAUCCAGUGACGCAGAAAUGUAAUUAAUCAAGAAUUCUAAGAUAAGCAUGAACUGAAUGCACCUCUUUUACGACGAGGUUAUGUAAUAGCACAACACAUAUAAGGAGACAUUUAAUGGUGAACAUUCAAAAAUCACAAUAUGAAACAUUUAUUGGCGGACGGACGAACGGAGUAAUAUUACUCCCCGGAAGUUAUUGCCGCGCGACGUGGCGGUGCCAAAAUUCUGUGGUAAAGGCGGAAAACAAAAUACAUUUAUAUAUACUUUUAUUUGCAGGCUAUGAUUAAUUGAUUUGGGCUCAAUAUUGGGCCUGUGUA